AUGGAAUCCCCCCCCCACCGCAACCUCUCCAGAUGCGCCAAGCCCGGGGUGGCGGAACGCACUUUCACAUCGGGACGGCCUCGGAAAGAUCUGGUGGACUGGAAGUGCUUGCUGAACAAAUACACGCACCGUUCCUGUAACAAAGUCUUCUGCCAGCCAUGGCAGAAAUGUGUCGACGGAACCUGUGUCUGCAAACUCCCUUACAUGUGCCCCAAGAGCGGCACCCCAGUGUGUGCCACCAACGGAAGGGAGUUCCCCACGUACUGUCACCAGAAGAGUUUUGAAUGUCUUAAUCCAGCGACAAAGUUCUCAAAUAAUGGAACGUGCACAGAGGAAGGGAAAUUUAAUGUUUCCUUAAGUUAUGGAUCUACAGAUGCGGAGGGAAUUGUUCAAGUCAAACUUGUGGACCAAGAUGAGAAAAUGUUCAUAUGUAAAAAAAGCUGGAGCAUGACAGAAGCCAAUGUAGCCUGCUUUGACCUUGGAUUUCAACAGGGUGCUCUUGUCAUACAAAGACGGUUUAAUAUACCUGGAAGUCUCCGUAUCAACUCCACUGAAUGCCUGCAUGUACGUUGCCGGGGAGUAGAGACCAGUUUGUCGGAGUGCAUCUUUACCAAGAGAAGAACUAACACUUACCAGGGCUUAGCCGAUGUAGUGUGUUACACAAAGGAUGCAGAUUCUUCAACCAAUCAGUCCUUCCAGUGUGUGAACGGAAAACACAUUCCUCAGGAGAGUGUCUGCAACGGGGUCAAUGAAUGUGGAGAUCAAAGUGAUGAGCUGUGUUGCAAAGGUUGCCAAGGUAAAGCUUUCUUCUGUAAGUCGGGUGUUUGCAUUCCGGAGCAGUAUGAGUGCAACGGUGAAGUGGACUGCAUUACGGGAGAAGACGAGAGUGGUUGUAAAGAGGAAACUGAAGAAACAGAAAUUUUGACUCCCAAUAUGGACACAGAGAGACAACGAAUAAAGUCCUUGUUGCCUAAAGUAUCCUGUGGAGUUAAAAGAAACACACACACUCGAAGGAGAAGAGUGGUUGGAGGGAAGCCAGCAGACGUGGGAGACUACCCAUGGCAGGUGGCAAUUAAGGAUGGCGAAAGAAUCACCUGUGGGGGAAUUUAUAUUGGUGGCUGUUGGGUUCUGACUGCGGCACAUUGUGUCAGACCCAGUAGAGCUUCCCAUUACCAAGUAUGGACAGCGCUGUUAGACUGGCUGAAUCCUAACGCUGAGUUGAGAGUUCGAACAGUGAGCAGAGUUAUUGUUCAUGAAAACUAUAAUGGAGCCACCUACCAAAAUGACAUAGCUUUGAUUGAAAUGAAAAAGUUCCGAGGAAGGAAAGAAUGUGAGCUCUUUAAUUCUGUCCCUGCCUGCGUCCCAUGGUCUCCGUAUCUAUUCCAACCGAAUGAGACAUGCAUCAUCUCUGGAUGGGGUCGAGAGAGAGAUAACCAAAAAGUCUACUCACUUAGGUGGGGCGAAGUUAACUUGAUAGGCAACUGCUCUCAGUUUUAUGCAAAUCGCUACUAUGAAAAAGAAAUGCAAUGUGCAGGUACCAACGAUGGGUCCAUUGAUGCCUGCAAAGGAGAUUCUGGAGGUCCCUUGGUCUGCAAGGAUAUCAACAAUGUGACUUACGUGUGGGGCAUUGUGAGUUGGGGUGAAAACUGUGGAAAACCAGAAUUCCCAGGGGUUUACACCAGAGUGGCUAAUUAUUUUAACUGGAUUAGCAAUCAUGUGGGAAGGUCCCUUAUUUCCCAACACAAUGUCUGA